AUGAAUGUCAAGAAGAUACCUGAAGAUCAAGAUGCAAGUAAGAUGUUGAAAGAAUGUUUUAUGGACUUUCAUGAUUUCUGUAAGAAGAGGGAUUUGGAUAUUGAAUUACAUCGAGAUUCAACCUUUGGGAGAUCUUUGAUUUGGGAGAUGAAGCUGGAUGAUUAUGUCAGAGGGAAAGAAAGUAAAUUAGAUGACAAAGAUAAGAUUCAUUGA